UCCAUUUUUAUGAAUAUCAAAUAUGACGAAUGCUACGCAGAUGAGUGGGUCAUCACGAACACUUCAGUCAAGUGGGACGGAGAAAAUAAAACUAUUACAGCAGUUGCUAUUAAAAACAAUCUCUCAAAUAAGGUUUAUUGUAUAUACAUUGAGAUAACCGGUUGCAAGGAUAACACUCAACGCAGAAACGAACCGACAAUUAUGGUUAAUAAUCAUGACGGCAAAUGUCAAAUGGCUACAACCGAGAAUGAAAUAUAUAAUGUCACGAAAAAAGUAGCCAAACUGGAAAAAGAUUAUGAAUGGCUGACUAAAUCAUCUGAGUCGCUAUUAACAGAAAAAGAACUCUAUAAGAACAAGCGUUGUUUUUAAUUAAUAAUAAUUUUUAAUUAUUUAAUUAUUUUUAAUUAUUUAAUUAUUUUUAAUUAAUUAAUAAUAAUUUUUAAUUAAUUAAUAAUAAUUUUUAAUUCAUAAUAAUUUUUCGAUUGCUGAUAACGAUGUGUAAUGCAGUUCACAGCUUCAUAUUACAUACUUAAAUGAAAAAUGUUAAACGUGCAUUUAGUAUAGUAUAUACAUUUAGUAUACACAUAUUAGUAUAUACAUUUACAACUACGUAAAGUAAACGUGAUUACACGCGAAAACAUGUAUCUAUUUACUAACUUUGAAGUUAAUAAAGUUUAUUCGUUUAUCCGUUUAUACACCUUGAAACAGAAACAAAAGCCGCUGGCCCUUUCUGGCAAUUGUGCAAGCCAAGGAAGACAAUUGU